CUGCAGCCUGCUGAUGAUCUGCAGCAACCAACAUCCGCUGUAAGAGUAGAUUAACCUCGUUCACACGUUUCCAGUCCUCAGUGGAAGUAGGAGCGAGCAGCAGCAGCAUCAUCAUCAGCAGCAGCAGCAGCAGCAGCAGGCUGGACGCAGCUCGCUCUCUGCGCGCACCGCCGAGCGUUCUGGACUCCUCAUCUCCACAUCCGCGUCUCCAAAACCUUCCAGGACUCAUCCCACACCCACAGGAGGUGCUUCAACUUUACUGAAUUUAACUCCGUUAUUGUGGGAGAGAGAGCCUCGCAUUCACAGGGAGGAGGAGAUUGACGAGGCUGCCAGAGCGGAGACUUGUUCGCUCAGGAAUGAUUGGCGAUUUGUGCAAAUGAGAAAGUCUAAGAAAUGUCUUUUUCCGCGGACGACACCGUCAGCAUCCCAGCCAUAAUGCCCAGGCGAAAACAAGCGAGUGUUUGCUGCCUCCAAACAAUAUCUGGACUGACAAGAACUCAAAGAUCUCAGAGUGCUUAAAUGCCAUUCACGCCUUCUCCGAAGUAAACGCUGCCACUGAGGUUUCAAACGUCACUCUUCCCUCUCUUCACGAUCCCCGAGAAGCUCUUUCCACUCAACUUUUGACCCCUGUUGUUAUGGAGAAUCUUAGUGAACUCCAGAACCCACUGCUGGACAAAAACAGUAAGCACAUGGUCAAUGGUUACGGGGGAGAAUUCCCUAAUAAUCAGUACCAGGAAAACAUUAUUAACUACUUUGCUGGAGGAGGAGGAGGAGGAGGUGGUGGUGGUGGAGGUGAAGGCGGAGGAAUAGGAGGAGGGAAAGUGAGCAAUGGCAACGUGGUGAGCGGAGGAGGCUACAACACCAACGGGAAAAUGAAAUCCCAGCAAUUUUUGGAUGCCACCUCGCUGCAUCUGGCGGUGGAGGCCUUCUACAGGCCCAACUUCAUCCUGUACAAGGAGGACAGUGGCAGCAUCAAGGCGAAGGAAUACAAAAGCGAGUGCUGCGAGACCACUUUCACAGAGAAGAAGGCCAAAGAGGUGUCCAACACAGCCGGAGCUGAGACGCCCGGCACAGAGGAUCCUCAGGCCAAGUUGCUGGAGGACGGAGAACACAUUAAGAUCCAAACUGUUUCCUACGAGGUGGAGGAGGAGGAGUAUGUGGAGUACGAGACGGAUUGUUCCAGCGACAGUGAGAGUGAAGACAACUUCAUCGUCGUCCCCCCUCGAGAUCACCUGGGCCUGGCCAUAUUCUCCAUGCUCUGCUGUUUCUGGCCUUUGGGGAUUGCAGCCUUUUAUUUCUCACAGGGGACCACCAAGGCAGUGAGCAAAGGUGACUUCCCGCUGGCCAACAUUGCCUCCCGGAGGGCUUUGUUCCUUGCCGCCCUCUCCAUCACUAUAGGCACCGGCGUCUACGUAGGGGUGGUGGUAGCUCUCAUCGCCUACCUCUCGAAACCAGGACACAUAUAGCUGUCGCACCUUUCCUUCCCCGAACGCCUCCGGGGAGAACCAGGAAGAGAAACAGCCCCCUCUGGGGAACGUCGCUACUCCUGCAGACUACGAGGAAAAAGUUUUCCGGGAGUGUACAGUUUUUUUUCCCCCCACUCCACCUUCCUUUCUUUCCAGCCUUCUCUCUCCCAACAGGCCCUCCGUCAGCCAAGAUUAGCCACAGUGACUGGAGAGAGGUCAAGCUGGAGGGCGAGGAGAGAGGGAAUGGGGAUAGAGAAACUUUGCUUUUUUUGUUUUUUUUCAUUGAGACGAGGGGUUUGAGUAAUGGCAUGAGUCCUUGUUGGAGCCCAGUUUGCAUCCCACUGACUUAAACCAUCACCUUCUUCGUUUCCAAGAGCACAAACAGAAACUUUGGAGAGAACAAACUGACCCAGUAAGUCAUCAUUAUUAACUAACCAAGGUUAAAGAAGGUGAAUAACCAAGUCAAAAACACUAAACUGUUGAUAUUUGAGCUGCUGUUAAAAUUGGAGCCUUUCUAUGGAGUCUUGCCACCUGUCAUGUCAGUUUGUCACCUGAAACCGAGCCUUCAUCAACUAAAAACAUGAUAAAACAAGACAAAAAAUACAAGAUCACAUGGACAGUUUGUUAAAUCAUGAAAAAGGAGGGCUUCUGUUUCAAGAAAAACAAGAAACAAGAAAAAAUGCAGAACUAUUGCUAAGUGUCAUCGAAAAAACACUCUGGAAGCUCGGAAAAAUUAUGAUAAAAUGAUAUCAGGACCAGAAGAUGCUUCAUUCUGAUUGAAUUAUAUGCACUGGCAUGAAUACAAGAAUCUCAACAGCGCCUGAGGAGAGUAGUUUUUCGAAUAAGGUGCCCGAAGAACUCGCAAAAUCUGCUCGUGCAGAUGCGGUUUGCCUACAUACAUCUAAAUGUGCUUUGUUUUUUUCACGUUGUCCCUUUGUGUUUCCUGCUGUCUGAAGGCAUCUUCAUUAACAUCGCUUUAAGGACACAUUCUGAAGUAAAAGCACAGAUGUGAGGUGGUGAGAUGGUCAGAAAUUCAGGGCAAAACGACUUCCAAAAUAAAAACAAAAAUGCAGCAUCCGAGUGAAAUGAAGCAUCAGCCAUUCACAAAGGCUGGAGAAGUUAUAAAUCAAGUAGAUAAUGUCAUUAAAAGCCCUACGUAUCCUCCAGGGCUGCACAAAUAAACAAAGUGUCGCCGCCCGACAGCUCUGAAUUCAGCUGAUCAAUUAUUCUUUGCAUGACUCCGGCUGUAGCGGCAGUACACCGCUGCUGCUGCUGCGCAUGAUUGAUUGGACUUUGAACAUGUUUUUGUCAGAUCAUAAAACAGCUUAAAUUAAAAUUGAUCUGGCUGGGAAGGAGCUCAUUUUUAUUUUCCUUUUUUUGCACAAUACUUUGACCCACAUUCGUCACUGUGGCUAAUAAACAAGGAUAUUUCACACGUCUCAAUCUCCUCCAUCACAGAACACUUGCAGAUAUACACCAAGUUUAUAUACGAAGGGCUUCUUAUUAAAUACUACUGCGUCAGUUCGUGUUUUUAUAUCGUCGAUUACAAGCCAGACAGAUACCGCUUCAAGCCGUGAAGCCUCAAGAGGCUACAAAACACGCUUCCCUGCACAGGUCUUGCAUUAGUCAUACCUGACAGUUAUGGUGCACAAUUAGCUCGCUGUAAUGGCUUUUUCUGAAGGAAUGUGUAUUCUCUGGAGCAUAGCCCAAAAAUAGCACAUCCACAUUAAUUUCACUAAUAAGCCACUUUCAGUGUCACCGGCUGCCUUCAAAAAACUGAAAGUAAACAAUCCCCAUCCAUAGCUGUGUGAAAAUAAAAAAAAAACACUCAUGAAGAGUGAAAUUCUUUAUAAGAUUAUGUUUGAAGUUUGCUUUGCUUGAACAAAACAACAGCUAAGAGUGUUUUAUUUUGCAGAAACAGAUCUUAAAGAGCUGAUUCAUACAUUCAGAGCCCUAAGAUUCACCUCAUUGAGUUUCUGGUCAUCUCAUGAGCUGGUUAUUAUACUGUAAAUGUUUGGUAUUUUAACCUCUGGCCUCUCGUCCCAGCAGUAACUCGUGAGCUACUGACUUCCAGUGUGUCAUGACCAUCACUGUAACUAUAGUGAAAGAGCGUGUAAGUCUGCUUUCAUCACUCGGAAAAGGGUUCACCGCUGAUAACGAUGCUUUGUGUUUUUGUAGCGUGUCAUUCAAAUGAUGUGUUUUUCUCCGGCUUCUUCAGCGACCUGGUAUUGUGCAAUGUGCUCCGACAGUACGUGAGUUUUGAUGCUGUUGUUAUUUUUCUUCUCAUUGUGAUCAGAUCCUUUGCUGAAUGCGUUUCUCAAUGCCAGGGUGAUAGUGAUCUCUCUGUGUCGUGCUCUUAAGCCGAGCUAAAGAAGAUGACUUUUUAAUUUUGUUUGUUUGGAGACUUUUUUUCCCUAUCUUGUGUGAAGGCAACGUGUACAUAGUGCAAAUAAAGACAUGUUCAAAUGUAAUGACAAAUAAACCAGAAAGGAAGGAUGACCUUUCUUAAAAGCAAA